CAGGUCACGUGACACGUUACCUUUUUCAACCCCACACCUAUGUUUACUCACGUGUCUGCCAUUGUCACGAUGCCUGCUGUGUGUAAACGAGCCCUGUACUUUUUCUGGUUAUAGAUGACUAUCGAUUUCAUGUGCACACCUGUUGGUCAACAUCCGUCACUGAUUUCUAUGUGGGAAUUCGAGCUUUUCACUUCCAUCCUGUGCUGACUUGUCCUGGACUUGGAGAUGGUGGACGAGAAUCCGACUGGUUCUUUUAAGGAUCUCAUAAGUAAAGUCCUUGAAGAUCACAGGAGCAGAACUGAUCCUCCUCUCUUAUUGAAGAAUGGCUCUCAGUUUAAGAAGAACCUGGAAGUUAUUAUAUCUCAGAAGCAGCCAACUGAAUCCAUCUGCUGUUCAAAUGCAGGACAGACUAGACACAAGGCUUGCGUGAGUAAUGUACCUUGUGCUGGCCGAGCACUGAGGAAUGCUUUCUUAUCCAAUGGCCAGGAUAACUGGAAAGCACAUAUUAAACUGGCAAGAAUCAUCAGGAGGGCAUAUAUUGGUCUGGAGCUUGUGGAAUGGCUGAUGGAUCAUUGUGAAUUUAUCCAGAACAGGACGGUAUCUUCCAAAAUCUGGAAUGUUCUCCUGGACAUGGGCAUUCUGCUUUCAGUGGAGCAGAACAAUGUAUUUGAGGACUCCAGGUCUUUGUACCAGUUCACCUUUGAGGAAUGUGAGGCCCAGAGCUGUGAUUUCAGAAAUCAGGUCAACUGGACGAAUGCAGUACAUCUGCUGCUACAGCUGGUCCCAUACGUGCAGCUCCACGGUGGAACCCAGAAGCGCUAUAAAGAAGAUGCACAGAAAGCAUCUGAUGUUUGUAAUCCAGUUCUUCAAAUGAGAGCUUUGGAGCGUCUUACUUCAACGGUGCAGAAUGAACUGUUGGCAGCUCUGGCUCGCAAGGCACAGACUAAAUCAAUGAUGGAGGAGAGUAGUCCACAGCACAACAGCAACACCCCAGGAUCCUCUCCCAGUCCUGCUGUGCGCAAGCAGGGCCCUGGAGCUGCUACACGCGAUAGAGAGGAUAUCAGCCGAUUGGAGAUGGUCCAGAGACUGGCCAAGGACGGAUGCCGCCUUCUACACAGCCCGCUCAGAGCUACCGAAAGGCCUGCUGAGCCCUCCAGUGACGCAGCAGUCCGUGUGUGUGAGAGAGAGCGGAGCCACGAGGUGCUGCUGCCUCAGAGGACGACGUCACCGAGAGCUCCCCCCCCCUCCUCCUCCUCCUGGACCGGGAGGUACGCUGCCGUGCCCGCCGCCCCUGAAAAGGUUCUGGAGCAUCUGCUGGGCCACCUGAGGCUGGACGAGGAGCAGAAGAGCCCACUGAGCAGAGAGACAGAGAAUCUUUUGGAUGACUUCCUGCUGACGUACCCUGUGUUCAUGUCCACCAGUGACCUGUGCCAAGCUCUACUCGGUCACUAUUGUUCAAAGAAAGGCAGGAUGAAAGAGGAGGGGAGAGACACUCUGCUUAGGAAACGAAAAGUGCUGCACCUGCUGUCCCAGUGGAGCUCACUGUGCGCAGACCUGCCGCGGGACGACGAGCACACCAAACUAUUCCUCAAGAGUCUGUACAGAUACGUUCUGGAUGAUCUCUAUGAGUUUCCCUCGCUGGAGAAGGAUCUGAAAGAACUUCAGAGACUUCUACGGAUGCAAAGGAGACACACGGUAGAUGAAUACUCUCCGCAGAGGAAGAAUAAGGCUCUCUUCCACCAGCUGAGUCUGAAGGAGAACUGGCACCCUGUGAGAGGAGCUCAGAGGGACAUGAAGGAAGUGUUGUGUCGUGUGUACGUGACCAUAGACUCAUACGUGAGUGUGAAGACGCACAGCGAGGUGUGUGUUCAGGAACUGCUGAGCACUGUGGCCGAAAGGCUCGACUGUGCUGAGGACGACAUGGUGCUGAUGGCCGUCACAUAUCCUGGAGAGAAGGUUCUGCUUCAGUCGGAUCAGCGUGUGUUCUCGUCUUCACUCAGUGCCGCUGAGCGGCUGCACGUCUGCAGAAGAGACCUGACUGAGAUCAUGAGUCCCUUCACUGAUAACGGGCAGCAGCGCUCAGUAAAGAUGCUGAGCAUGAAUACGUGGGAUGUAGCCGUGUCGCUCACCAACUGUGACUGGAGUCUCUUUAGUAACGUCCAUGAGCAAGAGCUGGUGUACUUUACUCUGAGCCGUGACGCAAGCACUGGCCACACGGUGACGCUGGAGCAGCUGUUGCAGCGCUGCAAUGAGACUCAGCAGUGGGUGAUGACCGAAGUGCUGCUGUGCCCGACCCUCUGCAAACGUGUGCAGCUCUUCAAGAAAUUCAUCAAGAUCGCAGCACACUGUAAAGCACAGAGGAACCUGAACUCAUUCUUUGCUAUUAUUAUGGGACUGAACAGUCCCGCCGUCAGUCGACUCACUCAGACAUGGGAGAAAGUCCCUGGGAAGUUCAGGAAGUUGUUUUCCGAGCUGGAGAGUCUGACGGACCCUUCUUUAAAUCACAAAGCCUACAGAGAUGCCUUCAGGAAGAUGAAGUCUCCCAAGAUCCCUUUCCUACCUCUGCUUCUGAAAGAUAUUACCUUCAUUCAUGAGGGCAACAAAACAUUUCUCGACAACCUAGUCAACUUUGACAAACUACACAUGAUAGCAGACACCGUGCGGAUUAUCAGGCAGUGUCGGACAGAUCACAUGGGAAACAUGUUGUCCCAGAAGGACAGCGUGGAAGUGAGAACGUACAUCAAUUACCUGCACGUCAUCGACAAUCAACAGACUCUGUUUGAGCUCUCACACAGACUUGAGCCCAGGACAUAAAACAACUCGAUAUAUCCUAAAACCACUACUGAAGACAGGACAGCAUCUUUCCUCUAAUUGAAGACUGUGAUGAGUAAGUCCUCCACUAGGGGGAGACACAAUCACGCCAACCACACAGAACAGAUACAGAGUAUCGCACAGCCAAAGAAAUCUCAGCCAGUUCAACCAUGUGAAAGGAACAAAGAAGCUGAAUCAUGCAAGAAAACAGCAAGAAUCUACAAAAUGGUUGUAACAGGAAACAUUACAGUGAUCCAGUAUUCUGUAAGUUACAGUACAGAAAGAUCACGUUGAGUUGUCUUCAUACAGCACACUUUCACUCAGUAGUGUAGGGCAGAUUUUUAGUUAUUUUUAGCACUGCAAAAUAUGGAGUUUCACCAAUAAAUAAGAGCAUAUGCAUAUAUGGGAAAAUAAUAGGCACAUCUUUAUUCCUGUGUAGUCCAGUUAGUCUGAAAUUUGAGCUACAUGCACAAAUAACUAAACAAUGUGAUGCCUUUUUAGAUCAUGGCCAACAAUUUGUAGACAAUCAGAAAAAUAUCCCAAGGCAGCACACUGUAUUUUAGGUGCAGAGUGGCUAGUAGAAGUUUAGAUUAAAGCGUCAAUUAGUUGAACUUGCAUAAACUAAGGACAUCUUAAAAUUAUUCAUAUCUUUGAGGGGGAAAAAAACAAUAUCUGUGCAAUCUAUUUUGCAGACUGUCAUAGAAAUAAUUGGUUUUAAAUUAUAGAUGUAUUUUAUUGGAAAAGCCCUACUUAAAAUAACUGAGCAAUGGUUCUGUAAUGGCUUACAUGAGAUGGUGCUUGAAGAAAGCAAAUGUAUAGAUUUCUCGUAUAAGUUGUACUUUGACUUGUGAGACAUUGAGAUAUUUAUUAAACAACAAACUUGUCCCUGAUUCAGAAGGGAAGACAAACAGGUUUUAAAUACAAAGAAAAGAUGUAAUGUACUGUAAAUGUGAUCAGGUGGUCUGAAGGAUUUGGCGACGCCAUUGAUUGACCAGUCUGAUAAUGCCUGUGAGGUUCACAUGUGAACUCUGUAAAUACUAAGACUUUGUUUUUAAUAAGUAAUGAUAAAACAGGCCAUAAAGCAAUAGCAAGGUGUACAUCUCACCUUCAGAAAAAAAUGUUAGCAGUGACUGACUGUAGCUGCUGUUUGCACUAGUUUUAUUCAUAAAGAGCCUGACAUUAAAGAAAAAAAAUAAAAUAAUUGACACUGU